AAGUAUAAUAAGGUAUUCAUUAUAACACAAUCAAAAAUAGAUUUGCUGUCAUCAUUUCAUGAAGGUAUCCCACUUGAGUCAGACCCGCUCGGCUUUGUGGCAUCUUUCCGAUUUUUUCCGAACUUGAAUUCGGAGGCUCAACUACGUGCUGGUUUCUCACUGGUCGGCCGCACGCCCUUUGUGUACCGGAAGUGCCGUAGGUUUCCGUGUUGCCCCCAACCUGUGUGAGAGGGCGAAAAUGGAGGCUUUGAAUAAACUGAAGCAGUUUGAUGCAUACCCUAAAACUCUGGAAGAUUUCAGAAUAAAAACAUGCGGAGGAGCUACGGUGACCAUAAUUAGUGGGUUAAUUAUGUUGAUCCUGUUCUUCUCAGAGUUGCAGUAUUAUCUCACUAAGGAGGUUCAUCCAGAAUUGUUUGUUGACACAUCACGUGGAGAUAAGUUGAAAAUCAACAUUGAUGUUAUAUUCCCUCAUAUGCCAUGUGCAUAUCUAAGCAUUGAUGCUAUGGAUGUUGCUGGUGAACAGCAGCUGGAUGUUGAGCACAACCUCUUUAAACAGAGGCUGGACAAAGAUGGAAAAUCUGUCAAUUCCGAGGCAGAAAGACAUGAUCUGGGGAUAGAGGAAGGAGAGCUGUUUGACCCCAGCAAGCUAGACCCUGAUCGGUGUGAGAGCUGUUAUGGCGCUGAAACUGAAGACCAUAAAUGCUGCAACACUUGUGAUGACGUGCGAGAGGCAUACCGGCGGAGAGGGUGGGCGUUCAAGAACCCAGACACCAUCGAGCAGUGCAAGCGAGAAGGCUUCAGCCAGAAGAUGCAGGAGCAGAAGAACGAGGGCUGCCAGGUGUUCGGCUUCCUGGAAGUCAACAAGGUGGCAGGAAAUUUUCACUUUGCCCCUGGGAAGAGUUUCCAGCAGUCUCACGUUCACGUGCACGCUGUGGAAAUUCAUGACCUACAAAGUUUUGGACUGGAUAAUAUCAACAUGACGCACUUUAUCAAACACCUCUCUUUUGGGAAAGACUACCCUGGCAUCGUCAACCCCCUGGAUGGAACGCAUGUUGCAGCUCCACAAGCAUCCAUGAUGUACCAGUAUUUUGUGAAGAUAGUGCCCACUGUCUACGUUAAAGGUGAUGGAGAGGUGGUAAAGACCAACCAGUUCUCAGUGACCCGGCAUGAGAAGGUGGCCAAUGGGCUGAUUGGUGACCAGGGUCUCCCGGGGGUGUUUGUGCUAUACGAACUCUCCCCAAUGAUGGUCAAAUUCACAGAGAAGCAGCGUUCAUUUACCCACUUUCUGACUGGUGUCUGUGCAAUCGUUGGAGGAGUUUUCACAGUUGCUGGGCUCAUUGACUCUUUGAUAUACCACUCUGCACGGGCCAUCCAGAAGAAGAUAGAGUUGGGAAAGGCAUCUUAAUUGGAAGACUAAGAAAUCAUCACAGUUCUGUUAUCGAAUGGUUACUUAGUCUCCAUAAGCUCUGCUUCGAAGAGAUGAAGUUGCAGAGAGAAAAAUAAAUUAAGAACCUUACACCAUCUUUCAUAAUCCUGGAAGACCCCAAGACUAAAGUAGCCCAGCAGGUCCCUGUGCUGCCCCCUACUGACCGAAUGGCAUAAGUGUGGAUACUGGGCCAGUAAACAGCACUGAAAUUUUGGUCUGCGGGGUGGGGUGGGCUGUUUAAAAUGUUUAUUCAUAAGCCAGUCUAUAAAACACUCAUACUGAAACAUCUGGCCACUAAAUAUGUCGAAGACUUUAUGGAACGUUUUUUCUCACAAUUUUUAAUUUUUUUAAUGGUGCCAUUUCGUUCUCUCGAUUUAAUUGAUGACGCUGUAUUUUACUGGGUCACCUCAGUCAUUAAUACCAUGUGUCUGUGCCAGGAUGCUAGAUAGUGGUGCCACAGUCAAACACUGCUCAAUCGGCUCCUUUGUCCCGAAGUCGGGGUCCUGAGACAACGGGAGCUCCCGAUUCGUAUUCCGUUUGUGUGCAGGUGUACAUGCAGUCGAAUUAUUUCUCAUGCACGCCGCUUCGGGUGAUACCGUGUUGGUGUCUUUUCUUUUUCUUUUUGUAUGUUCUGUCUUUGUCCCUCUCCGGGAUGGCUGAAGCAGGGCACGCUGGCCGGCGAUCAGUAACGCGCUGGUGACGCCCGCUUCCGAGUGCUCAGUGGUGCUAAGGGACUUUAAUACAAUUAAAAUGUCAACCGGUUAAUUACAACUGAGCGGCAAGAGUGGAAGUCAGCCGGCGAGGGGGGGUCGUCGCAAAGGCCGAGCGUUACUGCGCCGUUUUGAUUAUCACUGCACCUUAAUGACCAAAUUCAGGGUCCGAGGUUUUGUAUGCUUGUGUGCGUUUGCUGUUUCUUACCGUGGAUGACCCGGAUGUUGAACGGAUGUAUUUAUAUUUAAUUGUCAUGUUUAUAAAAACAAAAGUGAAUAAAUGUUGAACGCCGUCA